AUUUUGCUGAAUUUGUCUUCCUGGGUUUGUUCCUCACCGAGAUGACUCUGAAGAUGUACGGUCUGGGGCCAAGGAACUACUUCCAUUCCUCAUUCAAUUGCUUCGACUUUGGGAUUCUGACUGGGGAAGACUGGAACGCCGUGAUGUACCAGGGCAUCGAAUCCCAAGGGGGUGUCCAUUCUGGAAUGUUCUCCUCCGUCUACUUCAUUGUCCUCACACUCUUUGGUAACUAUACGCUCCUGAAUGUCUUCUUGGCCAUUGCGGUAGACAAUCUUGCCAACGCACAAGAGUUGACCAAGGAUGAAGAAGAAAUGGAAGAAGCCACCAACCAGAAACUUGCCUUGCAGAAGGCGAAAGAGGUUGCAGAUGUUAGCCCCCUGUCUGCAGCUAACAUUUCUAUCACAGCUUUUGUAAAGCAAACUCGAAGUUCCAUAUCGCGCAGCUCGUCGCUCUCCAGCGUAAAUUCACCCAAACAGCAGAAUUCCUGCAAAUCCAAAUCCGUGUGGGAGCAGAGGACCAGCCAGCUCCGCGUGUACAACUUCCGCACUAGCUCUGAAGCCCUGUACAAUGAGCUGGAUCCAGAGGACAGGGUCCGCUAUGCGACCAACCUCCACAUCCGUCCUGACAUGAAGACUCACUUGGACCGGCCUCUGGUGGUUGAGCCCAGGAGCGAAGGCCACAGCGGCAACCUCAAUGCCGUCAGCCCUGCAGAGGGGCAGGAGGCCCCCGACCAGCUGAAGACCCCACCGCCUGAGAACAACGAGGUUGUGAGGAAGCACCACCGGCAUCGCGAGAAGGAGAAGACGGGAGACACGGAAAAAAGCAGUGCCCUCAAGGAAGAGAAUGGUGAACUGGGUGGUGGGAACAAUAAGGAGGAACGCCACCGGCCCUACCGGAGCCGCAGCAAAGAGGUGGGCGAGGGGGGUGGGAAGGAAGGGAAGAGCGAACGCAACCGGAGCCAGGAGGGAGGCCGGCAUCACCAUCGCCGGGGGUCCGUGGAGGAAGGCGCCGAGAGGGAGCACCGACGCCACCGAGGUCAUCGGCAUCCCGUUGAGCGACAGGUCAAAGAAGGCAACGGGACCGCCAACGGGACCAAGACCGAACGACGUUCCCGCCACCGAGGAGGGUCCAGGCCGGGCAACCGAGAAGGGGAGCCUGGCUCCAAAGGGGAGGGGGGCGAAGAGCCCCACCGACGGCAAAAGAUACGGCACAAGGCCCUCUCCACUUACGAGUCAGUGGACAAGGAGAACGGAGAGAAAGAAGGAGAGCUGGGGAGAAAGGAUCUAAAGAAUGUGCAGCCAAGGGAAAGCCAAUGUGACACAGAGGCGGGCAUAAGCGUGACUGUGGCCCCUCUACACACCUUGCCCAGCACCUGUUUGCAGAGGGUCCCUGAGCAGCCAGAGGAUGCUGACAAUCAGAAGAAUGUCACCCGCAUGGGUCAACCAUCUUUGGACAAGGCUGCCCCUGUCAACAUUCCUGUCACUGUCACCGCUCCUCCCGGGGAAGCAUCCAUCAUACCAAUGAACAAUGUUGAAUUUGAAGCCAAAAUGGAAGAGAAGAAGGACAUCGAUGCUGAGGAUGACGUGGCCAACAGCAGACCAAAACCAAUCCUUCCCUACAGCUCCAUGUUCAUCUUAAGCCCAACUAACCCUCUCCGGCGCCUCUGUCACUACAUUGUCAACAUGCGUUACUUUGAGAUGGUCAUCCUCUUUGUUAUCACACUCAGCAGCAUUGCCCUGGCCGCUGAAGACCCUGUUCAAGCGGAGUCACCCAGAAAUGAGGCUCUCAAGUACCUGGAUUAUAUAUUUACAGGUGUCUUUACUUUUGAGAUGGUGAUAAAGAUGAUUGACUUGGGACUUUUGCUGCAUCGUGGUGCCUAUUUCCGGGAUCUUUGGAACAUCCUCGACUUCAUUGUGGUCAGUGGAGCUCUUGUGGCAUUUGCCUUUUCGAGUUUCAUAGGAGGGAACAAAGGGAAGGAUAUUAACACCAUUAAGUCCCUCCGGGUGCUACGGGUCCUUCGGCCGCUGAAAACCAUCAAACGUCUCCCCAAAUUGAAGGCGGUCUUCGAUUGCGUGGUGAACUCUCUGAAGAACGUUCUCAACAUCCUCAUUGUCUACAUGCUCUUCAUGUUCAUCUUCGCUGUCAUCGCGGUGCAGCUUUUCAAAGGCCGCUUCUUCUACUGCACCGAUGAAUCGAAGGACUUGGAGAAAGACUGCAGAGGCCAGUAUCUGGCUUACGAGAAGGAUGAAGUGGAGGCUCAGCCCAGACAGUGGAAGAAAUAUGAUUUCCAUUAUGACAAUGUCCUCUGGGCUCUGUUGACCUUGUUCACCGUCUCCACUGGAGAAGGAUGGCCAACUGUUUUGAAGCACUCUGUUGAUGCAACGUAUGAAAACCAAGGCCCAAGUCCUGGCUACCGGAUGGAGAUGUCUAUCUUUUAUGUCGUCUAUUUUGUCGUCUUCCCCUUUUUCUUUGUGAACAUCUUUGUAGCUUUGAUCAUCAUCACCUUCCAAGAACAGGGCGACAAAGUGAUGUCUGAAUGCAGCCUGGAGAAAAAUGAGAGAGCCUGCAUAGACUUUGCCAUCAGUGCCAAACCUUUGACCCGCUAUAUGCCCCAAAACAAACAAUCAUUCCAGUACAGAAUGUGGAAAUUUGUGGUGUCUCUUCCUUUCGAGUACUUUAUCAUGGUCCUGAUUGCGUUGAACACCAUUGUGCUUAUGAUGAAGUUCUACGGUGCCCCUGAACCCUACGAAGAUAUGCUGAAAUGCCUCAAUAUUGUCUUCACCUCCAUGUUUUCACUGGAAUGUAUCUUGAAGAUCAUCGCCUUUGGUGCAUUGAAUUAUUUUCGUGAUGCCUGGAACAUUUUUGAUUUUGUCACAGUCUUGGGAAGUAUUACUGAUAUUUUAGUCACAGAGAUUGCGAUGUUGAACCUAUUUGUGGCUGUAAUCAUGGACAACUUUGAGUACUUGACACGAGAUUCUUCCAUCCUAGGACCUCAUCAUCUGGAUGAAUUCAUUCGAGUUUGGGCAGAAUAUGACCCAGCUGCUUGUUGCCGGAUACAUUAUAAGGAUAUGUACAAUUUAUUCCGAGCUAUUGCCCCACCCUUGGGCUUAGGAAAGAAGUGCCCUCAUAGAGUGGCAUACAAGCGUUUGGUCAGGAUGAAUAUGCCCAUCUCGAACGAUGAUUUAAGUGUCCACUUCACAUCAACGCUAAUGGCCUUGAUCCGGACAGCCCUGGACAUCAAACUUGCAUCAGGUGUGCUGCAACACCAGUGUGAUGCUGAACUAAGGAAGGAGGUUUCGUUGGUUUGGCCCAAUUUGUCUUCCAAAACUUUGGAUCUGUUAGUGCCACCUCAUAAACCUGAAGCCAUGACAGUGGGGAAGGUUUAUGCAGCCUUGAUGAUAUUUGAUUUCUACAAACAAAACAAGAACACCCGUGACCCCUCUCACUCAGGGCCUGGAGGUCUCUGUCAGACCGGGACUGUUUCCCUUUUCCAUCCAUUGAAAGCAGCCCUUGAGCAAAGCCAGUCAGGAUUUCCGAAUGCUUUUCUGCGUCAAAAGAGCUCCGCGUCACUCAACAAUGGGGGUGCCCUGCCAAUGCCCAAAGGAGGAGGCAUCAAAGAAUCGGUUUCUUGGGGGAUCCAACACACCCAGAACAUGUUUUACGAAACUAGGACACCAGCGUUUCAACGGGGCCAUUCGGAGGAAAUUCCUGUCCAACAGGCAAGCAAGACGGUUGUUGAAAUGCGAGAAGUCAGCCCAACUUUAGCCAAUGGGGAACAUCAGCCGGGACUGGAGAGUCAAGGGCGAGCAGCUUCCAUGCCUCGGCUGGCAGCAGAAACUCAGCCCAUUCCAGACACCAGCCCCAUGAAGCGGUCCGUCUCCACACUCAACCCACAGCGUCCCCGUGCCACACAUCUUUACGAACAUCCCCGGCCAGCUGAACAUACUCAUCACCAUCACCACCAUCGUUGCCAUCGGCGGAGAGAGAAGAAGCAGAAGUCAGUGGACAAGCCACCCAACCACUUGAUUGAGGGUGAAGCUCCCGCAGAAGAAGCCACCUCCAAGUCCAGAAAACAGGAGCGGGGCCGGUCCCAGGAACGAAAAGUCCAUUCUUCUUCUUCCUCUGAAAAGCAGCGCUUUUACUCCUGCGACCGCUUUGGGAGUCGGGAUCAGCCCAAGUCCUCGGAAGGCAGUAGACCCCCAUCCCCCGGCGGAGGGCAGGAACACGGGACCCAGAAACAGGGCAGUGGUUCAGUUAACGGGAGCCCCCUGCUGUUGACCUCUGGUGCUAGCACCCCCUGCCGUGGUCGGAGGCAGUUGCCGCAGACCCCGCUGACGCCACGCCCUAGCAUUACCUACAAGACUGCCAACUCCUCGCCUGUGCAUUUCUCCGGGUUCCAGACCGGCCUGCCAACUUUCUCCCCGGGACGCUUGAGCCGGGGUCUCUCUGAGCACAAUGCUUUGCUGCAUGGCGACUCCCAGGGACCCUCACAAACCCUGAUGGCCCGGAUCGGUUCGGACCCUUACCUGGGACACCGGGAAGAGAGCGAUAGUCCCUACCACAUGAUGCCUGAGGACACCCUCACCUUUGAGGAGGCCAUGGCCACCAAUUCAGGGAGGUCCUCCCGAACCUCUUACGUUUCCUCUCUAACGUCCCAGUCCCAUCAAAUCCGCCGAGUCCCCAAUGGGUACCAUUAUGUUUUGGGACUGAGUGCCGGACCUGGCACCAGCACUAGGGCGCGUAGCUAUUACCACGAGCGAGACGAAGAUGAUUGGUGCUAG